AUGGCAAGAACCAAGCAGACUGCCCGUAAAUCCACUGGAGGCAAAGCCCCGAGGAAGCAGCUCGCCACUAAAGCUGCUCGUAAGAGCGCCCCGGCCACUGGCGGCGUCAAGAAACCCCAUCGUUACAGGCCCGGUACCGUGGCUCUGCGUGAGAUUCGCCGCUAUCAGAAGUCCACUGAGCUGCUGAUCCGCAAACUGCCUUUCCAGCGUCUGGUCCGAGAAAUCGCUCAGGACUUCAAGACCGAUCUGCGCUUCCAAAGCUCCGCUGUCAUGGCCCUGCAGGAGGCCAGCGAGGCUUAUCUGGUCGGUCUGUUUGAGGACACCAACCUGUGCGCCAUCCACGCCAAGAGGGUCACCAUCAUGCCCAAAGACAUCCAGCUGGCCCGCCGCAUCCGUGGGGAGCGCGCUUUAUUCGUUGAAUCGAACGCUGAAGUAAACAUGUCUGGAAGAGGCAAAGGCGGUAAAGGACUCGGAAAAGGAGGCGCUAAACGUCACCGUAAAGUUCUGCGAGAUAACAUCCAGGGUAUCACCAAACCCGCUAUUCGUCGUCUCGCUCGCCGUGGCGGUGUGAAGCGUAUCUCUGGUCUGAUCUACGAAGAGACUCGCGGAGUGUUGAAGGUGUUUUUGGAGAACGUCAUCCGUGAUGCCGUUACAUACACCGAGCACGCUAAGAGGAAGACCGUGACCGCUAUGGAUGUUGUGUACGCGCUAAAGAGACAGGGGCGCACUCUGUACGGAUUCGGCGGUUAAACAUCUUAAGCAUCUUAAA